AUGGAUUGUCUUUUCUCUCUGUUCUCUUUUGUCUAUAUUCAGCUUUCCUUUUGUUUAAAAGAAAAAAACAUGUCUGUAUUUAGAGUCGUUGGUGGUCCACAAAACUAUGCAUGGGGUAAGUUAGGUUCCUCUUCUGCAGUUGCAAGAUAUGCAGCAGCUAAUGAUCCAGAACACGUCAAGAUUGACGAGAACACCCCAUAUGCAGAACUAUGGAUGGGUACACAUCCAAAGGUGCCAACCAUAGUCUACGAGACAGGCAAACCAUUGUCUGAAUUGAUUGCGCAGAAUCCCUCCAAGUACUUAGGCGAUAAAGUUAUUGCGAAAUUCGGGUCUUCCAAAGAAUUGCCCUUCCUUUACAAGGUUCUAUCUAUCAAGAAGGUUCUAUCUAUCCAAGCACAUCCAGAUAAGAAGUUGGCACAACAAUUACAUGCCUCUGAUCCAGAACACUAUCCAGAUGAUAACCAUAAACCAGAGAUGGCGGUUGCAAUUACCGAUUUUGAAGCAUUCUGUGGAUUCAAGCCAUUGGCAGCAAUCAAACACGAGUUGGAGACUAUUCCUGAAUUUGCAGAACUAGUUGGCGAGAAGGCUACAAAGGAUUUCAUUGCAAAUCCCUCAAAGGAAAAUUUAAAGAAUGUUUUCCACAGAGUCAUGAGUUCAGACGAAACUUUUAUUGCUGAAGUUGCAACUAAAUUGGUCAAGAGAUCAGUCGAAGAACCAUCCUUAUUUGGUAAUGAAUUAGCGGAUUUGAUUCAACGCUUGAAUGAACAAUUUCCAAAAGAUGUUGGUCUAUUCUGCGGUUGCCUAAUGCUAAACCAUUGUAACUUGAAAUCAGGUGAAGCAAUGUUUUUACAAGCUCGUGAACCUCAUGCAUAUAUCUCCGGUGAUAUCAUGGAAUGUAUGGCUGCUUCUGAUAAUGUUAUUCGUGCCGGCUUUACUCCAAAGUUCAAGGAUGUUGAGGUUUUGGUCAGCAGUCUAACCUAUUCUACAAAUCCCGUCGAGGAACAAAAACAGCCACCUGCCCCAUUCCCUCGUGGUUCUGGUGAUGCAAAAUUUGCACUCUAUGACCCUCCAAUCGACGAGUUCUCAGUCCUACAAAUCAAGUUUGACAAUGCAGGUAAGGCACAAAUGAAAGGUAUUGAUGGCCCAUCGAUAGUUAUUGUUACCGAAGGUACCGGUAAAUUGAACCAAAACGAUGAGAAUAUCUCUCUUGAUGCAUUUGAAGGUGGUGUAUACUUUAUUGCACCAGGUGCAGAAGUUGAGUUAGUUAAUGAAUCUUCCAAACCUUUCAUCCUCUAUAGAGCGUUCUGCGAAGCUUAA